UCUUUGGCCACCCGGAAAUGGAUGAACAUUUUUGAUGUUUUUAAUUUGUUUUUCUCCUCCUGUCACCUGGUUUAGUCACAUAUAACAAAUUUAACUACAGUACAAUCAUUAGUUAAACUUUGCCUGAAAAGUGAACACCAAUUAACUAAAUUUGACAACAAUUUUGCCACAAAACGUCUUGAAGACACUAUUUGCUCUCUCUCUCUCUCUCUCUUCAGAGACUACAAGGGGAUGGUGGCGAGCUGGUGCCCGGAGUCCGGAUCGCGGUGAACACCUGCUGGUGCCCAGGGAAUGGCCACAAUCUGGCAGCAGGUGUUAGCUGUUGAUGCCAGGUAUAACGCCUACCGGACCUCCAGCUUCCCCCAGUUCCGUACCCAGUACAUCCGGCGUCGGAGCCAGUUGCUGCGGGAGAAUGCCAAGGGUGGCUUUGACCCCCUGCUACGGCGCCAGUACCUGAAGCUGCGAAGCCAGCUGCUGGCGCAGCGCUACGGCCCCCUGUCGGAACAGAGCAGCUUCAGAGCCUACAGCAACAGCAUUCGGAGCAGCCGGACCACCCUGGACCGCAUGGAGGACUUUGAGGAGGAUUUGCGAGCUCAGGGAGGGAGGGGACACCGACGCUCGGUCAGCCGUGGUUCGUACCAGCUGCAGGCCCAGAUGAAUCGCGCCAGUUACGAGGAUAAGUCACCGGGCAGUGUGGUACCCACCUCAGUGGCAGAGGCGAGCAGAGCCAUGGCAGGCGACACCACCCUCAGCGAGAACUACGCUUUCGCAGGAAUGUACCACAUCUUUGACCAGCACGUGGAUGAGGCUGUCCCCAAGGUGCAGUUCGCCAACGACGACAAGAACCGGCUGGCCUGCUGUUCGCUGGACGGUACCAUCUCGGUGUGCCAACUGGUGCCCACACCCCCAGCCGUGCUGCGGGUACUCAGGGGCCACAGUCACGGAGUCACCGACUUUGCCUGGUCGCUGUCCAACGAUGUCAUUGUCAGCACGGGCCUGGACGCCACCCUGCGCAUCUGGGCCACUGACUCCGGCAAAUGUAUCCGGGAGAUUCCCGAUCCGGACGGCUCCGAGCUCCUCUGCUGUACCUUCCAGCCCAUGAACAACAACCUCACUGUGGUGGGGAACAGUAAGCACACGGUCCACGUUAUGAACAUCUCAACGGGGAAGAAGGUGAAAGGGGGGUCCAGUAAGCUGACCGGCCGGGUGCUGGCUCUGUCCUUCGACUCGCCGGGCAGGAUCCUGUGGGCUGGCGAUGACCAUGGCAGUAUCUUCUCCUUCCUGUUCAAUAUGGCCACAGGGAAGCUGACCAAAGCGAAGAGGUUGGUGGUGAGCGAGGGCAGUUCCAUCACCAGUAUCUCGGCUCGGGCCUGGAUCAGCAGGGAAGCCAGGGACCCCUCCUUACUGGUGAACGCCUGUGUCAACAAGCUGCUGCUCUACAGGGUGGUGGAUAAUGAAGGGACAUUACAGCUGAAGAGAACCUUCGACAUUCAGCAGAACACUAAUCCCAUCCACAGCACCUUCUGUCCUCUGAUGUCGUUCCGACAGGGAGCCUGUGUAGUGACAGGGAGUGAGGACAUGUGUGUGUACUUCUUUGACGUGGAGCGAGCGACCAAGGCGAUGGUGAACAAACUGCAGGGUCACAGUGCCGCUGUGCUAGAUGUCAGCUUUAACUGUGAUGAGAGCUUACUGGCUUCCAGCGACACCAAGGGUAUGGUGAUCAUUUGGCGCCGGGAGCAGAAAUAACUGCAGAGAGAGGGAGGGGACAGACACUCUGAACCACUCAGUCUAAAACCCAUAGAUACGUGGAUGUAGAUACAGUCAAUUGUACACACGUGUGUGUCCAAUACCAUCAAGGAGGGAAGCACUUCUCCUUCCCCCACAGCCCCCCCCUCCAUCCCCCUGCCUCUCAGUGCUGCUGGGUCUCCCACCUUCCUGUUCAGCCCCCUCCCCGCUCCCCCCCACUCCUCCCCCCCCCCCCCACUCCCCCUCUGAAUGAGGACUGCACUGGGGAGUCUGCCCAGCGAGAAGGGGAUAUACGAUGGUGUUGGGCGUGGGCUGGCGAUGGAGAGUGCUGACCCUCGAUCCCACAGCGGGGACAGCUUGCUACCCUCCACGGGGCAGACCCCUUUCCCGGGGGAACUGGGUGAAGCGACGAGGGUGUUUUGGAAGUCAGCAGGCAUGAUGCCAACGGUCACUUCCUCCGGUUCCCCCGGCACCACCACAGAUGCUGUUCUGUCCGGUGCCAAGGGAGUGGGCACUGUGGGAGGGUCAGUGCUGUGGGAGGGUCAGUGCUGAGGGAGUGGGGGCUAUGGGAGGGUCAGUGCCGAGGGAGUGGGCGCUGUGGGAGGGUCAGUGCCGAGGGAGUGGGCGCUGUGGGAGGGUCAGUGCUGAGGGUCUGGGCGCUGUGGGAGGGUCAGUGCUGAGGGAGUAGGUGCUGAGGGAGUGGGUGCUGUGGGAGGGUCAGUGCUGAGGGAGGCUCAGUGCUGAGGGAGUGGGUGCUGUGGGUCAGUGCUGAGGGAGUGGGUGCUGUGGGAGGGUCAGCGUCGAGGCAGCAGGUGCUGUGGGGUGGGUCAGUGCUGAGG